CAAGAGCAAUCAGCCGCGGUCCACUCACAGCCAGGCCACUCGAGGGUAGCCGGCAAGAGGUACGACACCAUCACCAAGCUACCCGUCCAAAACCUGCCCUCGAAGCCUCGAUUUGUUGCCUUUGCGAUCAACGACAGGCUCGCCUGAACCGACAAGAUGGCUUCUCGGAUUCCCCAGUUCAACCAGCAGGUCCUUUACGACACCACCCCCUUGCCGGACUCGAUCCCCAAGGUCAAGGAGCUCGGUGCCAGUUCUGCCCCGCUUAUGUCGGCCGCCUACUUCAUCGGAGCCCGGUGCCGCGAUUACAACGAUGAUUUCAUGCAGUGCAAGAACGAGAACCCCGGAAAGGGCGAGUUUGAGUGUUUGAAGGAGGGCCGAAGGGUUACCCGAUGCGCCCGGAGCGUUAUCGCCGACAUCAACAAGUCAUGCCUGGAAGAGUUCCGCAAGCACUGGACAUGCCUUGAGGACAACAACCAGCAGCUUUGGCAAUGCCGUCCUGCCGAAUGGAAGCUGAACAAGUGUGUCUUUGAGAACUUGGGUCUCAAGAAGGAAAUCCCCGACCAGCCUCCCAACGUCACACCCGUGCACCUCAGGAAGCAGAUGAUCUAUGCGCAUUGGCCCAUCCCCCGUUCCGCCGAGGUUUUCGUUCCCCCAACACAGACUGGUGACAGCAACAAGGCACCAGCUGCCGCUUCGUCAUCGUCGUAAAGCCCGGAAAGAAUGCAUGGGGAAG